AUGGCCGACGGAGAGGAAGAGAUCGCUGUCUACGACGAAGUCGAAAUCGAGGACAUGACUUUCGACGAGGCCCUACAGAUUUACCACUACCCUUGCCCGUGCGGCGACAAGUUCGAGAUCGCACUCUGCGACCUUCAAGAUGAGACCACCGACAUAGCUGUCUGCCCCAGCUGCAGCCUCAUGAUCAGAGUCAUCUACGACAUGGAUAACCUUCCCAAGCCAGACCCUGAGCCUCCGGCAGACGAAAAGCCGGUCGAGCAAGUUCCGAUCGCCGCCUGA